AUGUACGUGGUACCGGUCACCGUGACCUUUCUCGUGGUAUCGAUAGUGAUAGUCCUUGUGCGCCUAUACACUCGACUCUAUUUUGUCCGAACGGCGGGCUGGGAUGAUCUGGUGAUUGGGUUCGCCCUGCUCGCAGAGAUCGGGCUAUUCGUCUGUAUCAUGAUAGAGGUGCGCCAUGGCCUAGGAGAAAGCAUGGAAACACUCAGCCUGGAGACCGUCGAGAGUCAACUCAAGGCCUUAUGGGCCAGCAUCCCAUUAUACAACCUAAGUCUCAACCUAACCAAGGCCUCCAUGGUCCUGCUGUAUCUGCGCCUCUUCCCGCUGAGAACCUAUCACGUCGUCCUGGUCAUCGUCCUGAUCUUCGUCAUCAUCACCGGCCUGUGGAUGGUCUUCGCCUCCUUCUUCAUGUGCAUCCCCAUCCGCGGCGCCUGGGACCUCUCCAGUCCCCAAAAAUGUAUCCCCAGAGAAGUCCUCUGGAGCCUCAAUGCCGCCCUCCAGAUAGUCACCGACAUGACUAUCGUCAUUCUGCCCAUGCCGCUACUGGCCAAGCUCCAGUUACCUAGGAAGCAGAAGAUCGCGCUGAUCUUGGUUUUCGCAUUGGGAACUUUUGGCUGCGCAGUAAGCAUAGUUCGCCUAACAGCCCUCGUUCAAAUGAUCCAAAGCACAGACCGAACAAAAUACAACGCCGCCGCAGCAAACUGGUCCUUCAUUGAAGCCAGCGUCGCCAUCAUCUGCGCCUGUCUGCCGCCUCUCCGUCCCAUCAUCGUACACAUCUGCCCCCGUAUCUUCCUCUCCCAGGACCGCAGCCAAUCAGAGAAACCGGCGUGUGACGGCCUCUACAUGCCGAAUCCGUUCCGGUUCCAGAAUCAUAGUUACUCGGCGAGUGUGACGGGGAACUGUUCGACGAAUCAUGAUGGCAGGGAUCCGAGUAUGCAUCGGCAUCCGGAGGUGGAUGGGAUUCAGGUCGUGAGUGAGGUUCAUUGGGAUCUGAAUUCGGCGGAUAGUGCGGAGGAGACGCAUUCUCAGCGUGGGUUGAGGCCUUCCGGGAGGAGUUUUUCGGUAGGUCGGGGUUGA